AUGCUAAACACCCUUCUACAACCCCUUCUCAAACCCCAAGCCGCAGUUCAAGCUUCUACAUAUGCACCCAUUUUCCAGUUCUUGACAGGCAAAAACCUCCUCAAACAAGGCCAACAAAUGCACGCUCACAUGGCCAUUCGCGGCCUCCGCCCCACUGCUUUCCUUGCUGCCAAAAUGGUCGCCAUGUAUGCUAGCUCCGGGGACAUCUCCUCUGCCUCAUACAUUUUCCACGCCACUGCAAAUCCGUCUCCCCUUUUGUUUAAUUCAAUUAUUCGUGCAUUUAGUUUGUAUAAAUUAUCUGAGAAGACAAUACACAUGUACGCACGAAUGCAUUCUUUAAAUUUGCGCGGGGAUAAUUUUACUUAUCCGUUUGUUUUGAAGUCCGUUACGGACCUGUAUUAUGUUCAGUUCGGGAAAUGCAUUCAUGGAUUGAUUUUAAAAGAUGGGUUGGAGUUUGAUAUAUAUGUAGGGACUUCAUUGAUUGAUAUGUAUGUGAAAUGUGGUGAAUUAGGCUAUGCGCAUAAAUUGUUUGAUGUAAUGCCUCUUAGAGAUGUGUCAUCUUGGAACACAUUGAUUUCGGGAUUGCCAGGAUCUGAAAUGAGUCUGGACAUAAUAAUUUUACGAUGGGAACUUCACAUCAGAAGAAAUGCGAACCCUGUGCCAUUGCAAAACCAAAGGAUGGCGAAAUUUCUUCCCUUCAACUCCAGUGGAUGGGUAUUCAGCUUUGCCUUCACAGCAGUAUCGAGCGUGGUACGAGUUUUUUCCUUGGAUGGCAAAGCACAUUCAAUUGUUUGUGUUUAUAUUAUUUUUGGUGAAUUAAUAUCUUGA